GGUUCUGUCUUUGAUACCGAUUCUGGGGUGGCUGCCGCCGCCGCCGCCGCCGCCAAAUAAUGCCAAAGAUAAACCCUCAAACGGAUUUCUCCUUUGAAUCAGGAACGCCUAUCUAAGCCUCCAAAAACAACCCGGAACUGGCAUGCUGCAGACCAAAGCACUAGCCCUCUCGGUCGGACCCGUCCUCGGCCGCACUCGGCUCUCUCCGGAGCCCGUCCGCGUCUCGCGUCGGCGGCCCUUCGCUUCCGAAAGUGAGGUUCGGCUCUUUCCGACGGAGCUCGGGCCUUUCCGCCUCCCUCCCUCCGGUGCUGCGGCCGCGUUCGCGGAGGGCUGGAGGAGAAGGCGAGGAGCAAGCAGGACGCCGGAGGAGCUGCGCGGCCGAGAGGUUAGAAGCCAGGGUCAGCCGUUGAAGCUAAAUGGUGGGAGAUUCAGGACGGACAAAAGGAAGGAUUUCUUUACACAAGCGUCCCAUCCUGCGCCCCAGCCCUUCCGCCAGUGCUUGCGCCCCCCAGCCGCUCCGUGGCCGCCUUCCUGGAGUAUGCCCCCCAUGUCCUCCCUCUGCUCCAUCGUCUGGCUGAAUCGUGGCUCCAAGUUGCGGGAAAGGGGCUGCGCUGAGGGUCUGGCUGGCCGGCACGCUGCGACCCUGCUUGGCCCGCACUCCGUCUCCAUGCCGAGCCCCUGAGAGCGCCUCCGCGGGGGAGCCCUCCUCCUCCUCGCCCCACGGCCCACCCACCCCUUCCGCCAUGGGGAGCGCCGAGGGCUUCCAGUACCGCGCCCUCUACUCCUACCGCAAGGAGCGGGAGGAGGACAUCGACCUGCUGCCCGGAGACACCCUGGUGGUCAGCAAGGGGACCCUGCAGACCCAGGGCUUCAAGGAUGGCGACGAGCAGGCCCCCGCCCGCCUGGGCUGGAUCCUGGGCGUCAACGAGCGCACCAAGCAGAAGGGAGACUUCCCCGGCACCUACGUGGAGUACGCCGGGCCCGUGAAGAUCUCCCUGCCCCGGCUGCCCAGGCCCCUCCCUGCCACCCCUGGAGCCGGCGGCGCGUCCCACGCACAGGAGGCCCUCGAGCCAGGGUCGGCGCUCCCGGAGCUUUCUGACCAGUUUGUUCCCCCUGAGGUUGCUCCCCCGCUGCUGUGCAGGCUGGUGGACGCCAUUGAGAAGAAAGGGCUGGACAACAAGAUGCUCUACCGGACAGCUGGCUCGGAGCUGUGGCAAGCGCUGAGAAUAGACUGGGCCGUGGCCAGUGACCUGGAAGCCUACGAUGUCCUCGCCCUGGGCGAAGCCCUCAAGGGCUACUUUCAGGACCUGCCGACGCCGCUGGUGCCGCCGGGCGUCCACGGAGAAAUCUUCCGGGUGCUGCAGGAUGCCGGUCAGCCGGGGCCGUGCCAGAAGCAGCAGCUGCUGUCGGUGCUGGAGCCGCCCGGCCUGCCUCUGCUCCACUUCCUCACCCUCCAGUUCCUUCUCCGGCACCUGGCCAAGGUGGCCGAGCAAGCCGAGGGCAACGGGCUUUCCACCCGGGCGCUGGCGGAGAUCUUCGGGCCGCUGCUCCUCCGGAGCGGCCCUGCUGCUGCUGCCGCCGCCGCCGCCGCCACUGCCAGCGCCGAGGCGAGCCCCGAGUUCUGUGCCCUGUUCCUGGAGAUGCUUCUGCAGGCCAAGGACCCUGAGCCGGAACUGCUCCCUCCAGCUCUGCCCCCCAAGCCCCCGAAGCCGAAGCCGCCAGCGGUCGCCCUGGCAAACGGGAACGGCAUGAUCCUCCAGGAUGCCGAGUGGUACUGGGGCGACAUCUCCAGGGAGGAAGUGAACGAGAAGCUGCGAGACACCCCCGAUGGCACCUUCCUGGUGAGAGACGCGUCCAGCAAGAUCCAGGGGGAGUACACGUUGACGCUGAGGAAAGGCGGUAACAACAAGCUGAUCAAGAUAUUCUACCGGGAGGGCACGUACGGCUUCUCGGAGCCGCUGACCUUCGGCUCCGUGGUGGACCUCAUCAACCACUACCGGCACGAGUCGCUGGCCCAGUACAACGCCAAGCUGGACACCCGGCUGCUGUACCCCGUCUCCAAGUACCAGCAGGACCAAGUGGUGAAGGAGGACAGCGUGGAGGCCGUCGGGGAGCAGCUGAAGGUCUACCACCAGCAGUACCAGGACAAGAGCCGCGAGUACGACCUCCUCUAUGAGGAGUACACACGCACCUCACAGGAGCUGCAGAUGAAGAGGACGGCUGUCGAGGCCUUCAACGAGACGAUCAAGAUCUUUGAGGAGCAGACGGAGAUGCAGGAGCAGAACAGCCGAGACUACAUGAACCGCUUCCACCAGGAGGGCAGCGAGAAGGAGCUGCAGCGGAUCCUGAUGAACGCCGAGAAGCUGAAGUCCCGCGUGACGGAAAUCCACGACAGCAAGAGGAAGCUGGAGCAGGACCUCAGGCAGCAGGCCUCGGAGAACCGCGAGAUCGACAAGCGCAUGAACAGUCUGAAGCCAGACCUGCUGCAGCUGCGCAAGAUCCGAGACCAGUACUUGGUGUGGCUGACCCAAAAGGGGACCCGUCAGAAGAAGAUUAAUGAAUGGCUGGGAAUUAAGAACGAGACGGAGGAACCUCCUUGGCAAGGGCUGCAGGUGCAUUCAGCGUUGGCAAGGCGCAGGGUAGGAGAGGCUUGCUCUGCACGCAGGGAGGCGCUGCCGGAGGAACCCAGAAGGACCAGGCCUUGGGAGCCCCGACCUCCCUGGCAAGGGCUGCAGGUGCAUUCAGCGUUGGCAAAGCGCAGGGUAGGAGAGGCUUGCUCUGCACGCAGGGAGGCGCUGCCGGAGGAACCCGGAAGGACCAGCCCUUGGGGGCCCCGACCUCCCUGGAAAGGGCUGCUGGUGCAUCCAGCGUUGGCAAAGCGCAGGGUAGGAGAGGCUUGCUCUGCACGCAGGGAGGCGCUGCCGGAGGAACCCAGAAGGACCAGGCCUUGGGGGCCCCGCCAGUACUCCAUGAUGGAGGAUGAGGAGGAGCUGCCACACCAGGACGAGCGGACCUGGUACGUGGGGAAGAUCAACCGCACCCAGGCCGAGGAGAUGCUGGCGGGGAAGCGCGACGGGACCUUCCUCAUCCGGGAGAGCAGCCAGCGCGGCUGCUACGCCUGCUCCGUCGUGGUGGACGGAGACACGAAGCACUGCGUGAUCUACAAGACGGCCACCGGCUACGGCUUCGCCGAGCCCUACAACCUCUACGCCUCGCUCAAGGAGCUGGUCCUGCACUACAAACACACCUCCCUCGUGCAACACAACGACUCCCUCAAUGUCACGCUGGCCCACCCCAUCCUCUCCCUGCCUCCCCCCAGAUGAAGGGCCCCUCCCCUCGACCCCCUCUUCCCCCUCCACAGCUUGCAGUGGCCAGGGGGACCCCAGGCAGUUGGGGGGCAGGAGGGCUGACGGAAACAAAAGCUUUCCCCCCACCCCCCUCCGCCCUUCCCCGCACCCCCCCUCCACCCUUCCCCGCACCCCCCCUCCACCCUUCCCCGCACCCCCCCUCCACCCUUCCCCGACUGCUUCCCCUCUGGGGGCCCUCAGCUUUUCACCAGUCCUCUUCUGGGGCCCCUCUUGCUCCCCCCCCCCCGCCGGCAGCCUUUUGGUGCUAAGGAACACCCCCCACCCACCCCGCCUGCCCCAAGAGCAGAGGCCGGUUCUCGAAAGGGUGGGUGGCCGGGGCAGACCUCCGCUCCCCAAACGUAGCAAGCUGCCCCCUCCCCCUCUCACGCCACCCCCCAACCCCUCCCUUCUCCCUCCUGAGCUUAUCUCUUGAAGGACUGCCUUGGAGGGCAGCGCGAUCUCUCCCACUUAUCUGGCCUUGGGGCAGCAGCAGCUGUGGAGUGGGGGGGGGCCCUCCCCCCAGGAGUGCAGGGGUGAGGGGGCCAGAGUGCAGCCCGCCUCCCGCCAGCUCCCUUUGCACUAAAAUAUGCAAGAAGAAGAAGGAGGUCCCCAUCGAAAGCAGAGUCGGGGUGGGGGGAAACCCCACGCCACGGAUCCUGCCCCUGCCCAGUCCUGGGUCUGCCCGCUGCGGAGUGGGGGGGCAGAGGAGGGGCCGCGUCCUGUGCUGGAGCUGAGUUGGGGGUGGGUUUUCUCCCCCCCCCCCGCCCCAGCUUCUCCAGUUCCUGCAGGCGUUGCUGCUCUCUGAACUCCUGGUGGGCCACCAGCCCCACAGAGUCGCUCCCUCCUGCCUCCUGGUCAGAAAGAGCCUCCGGGGGCUGCUCUCCGUGCUGGUCCCCAUUCGCCUGCACAGAGGAGUCCUGCAGGCUGCCAGGGGGCAGGGGGGCUGCCCCCAGCAGAUGGCUGUGCAUGCAGUUUGCUGCUCCGCGGGGGGGGGGGGGGCGCGCGUUCUUUCUCCCCACCCCUCCAUCGGCUACCCUCGGAUCACUACAAACCAGGAGACUGGUGCUCGGUCUUGCCGGCUGCAUCUCCCUGGUUUGGUUUGCAGCCGCUUUGGGGCUGGGCACUCUUCCCCACUCCUGUCUGUCCUCUUGGCCCCUUGCACAGACCCCUUGCUCGGAGGAGAGAAGGGUUUCCUCCUGACCAUCGGGGGCCAGGGGCUCUUCCCAGGGUGGGCUCUGCGUGGGGAGAGCCGACUCUGGCUGGCGGCUAUGCCAGCCCCUUCCCCCUCCCUCUUCCCCUUUUACGUAUAUGCAAUAAUACCACCUGACUUGCCUCUCAGCCCCCCCCCUCCCAUCUUGCCAUAGUUUUUUCUAGCUCCUUUUCAGUUAAAAGAGCAAAGUUUAUGAAAGCCUGGUCAACCCAGGAUUUGUUUCAGGGUUUGUUACUGUAAGAUAUAUCAAACCAGAAUUUUGUACGGUACUUCCAAGGAAAAAUAAUAAAAACCCGUUUGUUGAAA